UUCUCUGUGGGAAGCGACGAAGGGAGUUCCUUCUCGGCGCCUUCUUUCUCUCUCUCUCUCUCUCUCUCUCGCGUCUCUCGCGUUCUUGUUCUUUCUCCUAUUUCUCUCUCUUUCUGCUGUUCUUAUUCUCUCUCUCUCUCUCUCUCUCUCUCUCUCCUGCUUUCUGUCCUUCUCUCCCCACACACACAGAGACUGAUUUGGAGGGGUUUGAGUAUCUACUCGGGGAAAGAGAUUCAGAGAGAUGGCUCUCUGUUAGCUGUCAUGGGAUUAUACAGAAAGUAAAGGUUUUGGAGUUUGGCCUUGUUGUUGAGUAUCCUUGGCUUGAUGGGCAAUUGUUUCGAUGUACCCAGCAGAGUAGAUAGCACCCAGAGCAAUCAGAAUGCUGAUACGUCAAAAGCUUCCACCAAUGCUGCGGUAUCAGCACCUUCGGAGCAGACCAUUCUGCCUUCCUUGGGAACCCUUCCUCACCUGAGAUCUGAGGGUGAGAUAUUGUCAUCACCAAAUCUGAAGGCAUUCACGUUUAGUGAUCUUAGAAGUGCUACCAGAAACUUCCGUCCAGAUAGCCUUCUUGGUGAAGGCGGAUUUGGCUAUGUUUUCAAAGGAUGGAUAGACGAGCAAACCUUGACUGCUGCCAGACCAGGGGCUGGCAUAGUUGUUGCUGUCAAGAAGCUGAAACCAGAAGGAUUUCAAGGCCACAGAGAGUGGCUGGCAGAGGUAAAUUACCUUGGCCAGUUUCAUCACCCAAAUCUUGUAAAACUUGUUGGGUACUGUCUAGAAGGCGAGAACAGGUUGCUGGUGUAUGAGUUCAUGCCCAAAGGAAGUCUGGAAAAUCAUUUAUUUAGACGUGGUGCCCAGCCACUUUCUUGGGCAAUACGGAUGAAAGUUGCUAUUGGUGCUGCCAAGGGCCUAACCUUCUUGCACAAUGCGAAGACACCAGUCAUCUACCGUGAUUUUAAAGCUUCUAAUAUUCUUCUUGAUGCAGAUUUCAAUGCAAAGCUUUCCGAUUUCGGCUUGGCGAAAGAUGGGCCUACUGGUGAUAAGACGCAUGUUUCGACACAAGUUAUUGGAACUCAUGGUUAUGCGGCCCCAGAAUAUGUAGCCACAGGUCGCCUGACUGCAAGGAGUGAUGUUUAUAGCUUCGGGGUAGUGCUGUUGGAACUCUUAUCUGGACGCCGUGCCGUCGACAAAGCCAGAAUUGGUAUAGAGCAGAAUUUAGUUGAUUGGGCAAAGCCUCAUUUAGUCGACAAGCGAAAGGUAUUUCGCAUAAUGGACACCAAAUUGGAGGGUCAGUAUCCGCAGAAGGCCGCGCAGGCUGCAGCAGCUCUUGCCUUUCAGUGUAUCCACACAGAGGCGAAGACGAGGCCUCAGAUGACUGAGGUUCUGGAGAAACUAGAACAGCUUCAGUCAACCAAAGAGCUGGCAAAACUUGCAAUUCCGGAGCACGAUGGUCACCACAAAUCCAGUCAUAGAUCACCAGCACGGCACCAUCACCACCAUCGAAGUCCCCGAUCCGCUGGUGGAACUCCAGUAGCAUCCCCGCUGCAACCAGCUCGGCAGUCACCGCGCGUUCAUUGAUUGAGGGACAUUCUUGGUUUGGAAUUUGUGUAUCUAUCUGAUGUAUGAUAUGUAUUUUUUUUUUUUUUAAAUCUUGCCUGCUGUUGUGAAAGUUUUGUUACUGGUCUUUGCUUUGCUGUAACUGCAAAGGGCUGCAUUUUUUAAAAAAUUCAGAUGAAACGCUUGACUCA